CUACAGUCUUGCCGGUAGGGCGAGCAGGGGCAGAAUGAUGAUACCUUGGACCCACCUCAGACCCCUAAGCUCCCCCAGACUCAGUUCUAGAACUUUCGCAGAAGAAGUGCUGUGUUGGGCCCCAAAAAACUAUAAACAAUACUCUGGAAGACAGGCCUUUUGCAGCAGCGCACUCACCAUCCUGGGAGAGAGAAGAGGAGGACCAGAGUUCAGAAUCAGGUGACUCGAAAAAGAAGUUAAAAAACACUGUGGAAAAAUGUCUCUGCUGCAUUUAGGAUGUGGUCGUGCCCCAGGAGCCUAGAGGAUUGCAGUUAUGAUGCUCAUGAACACAGGGGCCCAACUUUCCAUCUACGUAUAAACAUUCCUCCUGCUUCAGCCUAAGCAUGCACUUCUGGUUUGCGUAAACAAAUAUUUGCAAGAACUCUCCUGAGUAAGAUCAUUUCAGGAUGAUUUUGGCCACAGCUAUUUACAAGUUCAGGUUUUGAUUGAAGUGAGUAAUUGAAUUACGUUGAGCCUCUGAAGUUUGCCUUUUAUUUAUAUAUUUCCCCCAACUGUGUGGCUUGAUUUGCCAUUGGCUGCGGUCCCUGCAGCCUACCCGAGGGCUCUGCAGUUACAUAAGGCUCUGUCUGCCUCGAGCCUAUAUAAAGCCUUUUUGCAAGCCAGCAAGAGACAGAAUUUUAUCAAGAUCCACGUCCCACUGCUUUAGUUUGUACAAGCAGGAAGAGAUUUGCUUGAAGAUAUACUGAAACCUGAACCCAGGCUGGUUUGUUUGCUAGCCAGUACUUCACAGCUGUCAACCUGAGUCGCAAGUAGCAGCUACUGUAAGUAGCUUCUGUGCACUAUGAAGAAUUUUUCAUUUACUGUGCAGGGUAACACACAUGAGACGGAGAGUCCUUCUCCUCACAGAUUCCUGAGUUUGACAAAUCAGUCAGAUGCUGUCGGAAGACCAGAGAGAGAUGAGCAAUUAGCUCAAGUAGAGAUUGCUGUACUGGGGGUCAUAUUUCUGACAGCGUCUGUGGGCAAUUUUGUUCUCAUACUGGUGCUGUGGCGAAGAAGAAAGAAGCUCUCUAGGAUGUAUGUGUUCAUGCUUCACCUCAGCAUCGCUGACUUAGUGGUAGCCUUUUUUCAAGUGCUGCCUCAACUUAUAUGGGAUAUUACAGACGUUUUCAUAGGGCCAGAUUUCUUGUGCAGAAUUGUCAAGUAUCUACAAUUGCUGGGCAUGUUUGCCUCUACUUAUAUGAUAGUGGUCAUGACAGUGGAUAGAUAUCAAGCGGUUUGCUACCCUAUGGUCACUUUCCAAAAGAAGAGAGCUCUCUGGAACAUCCCCAUUUGCAGCAGCUGGUCUGUAUCACUGAUUCUUAGCCUACCACAGGUAUUUAUCUUUUCUAAGACUGAAAUAUCUCCUGGUAUCUUUGAAUGUUGGGGUGAAUUUAUUCAGCCAUGGGGCCCAAGGGCGUAUGUGACUUGGAUUUUUGUAGUCAUAUUCUUCAUUCCCUCGGCCAUCCUUAUUACAUGCCAGGUUAAGAUUUGCAAAAUAAUCAAAAGAAAUAUAUAUGUGAAAAAGCAGAAUGAAUAUGAAAUAACAAAUCAGAAACAAGUCCUGCCAUCUCGAGCAAGCAGUGUGAACUGUAUUUCAAAGGCUAUGAUCAAGACUGUAAAAAUGACAGUGGUGACAGUUGUUGCAUAUGUUCUCUGUUGGUCACCUUUCUUCAUUGCACAGCUGUGGUCUGUAUGGUUCCCCAGUGUCGUGACCGAAGGUUCAGCUUUCACCAUUAUCAUGCUCCUUGGAAAUUUAAAUAGUUGCACCAACCCAUGGAUUUACAUGUAUUUUUGUGGCCACAUUCCAUAUUGUACAAAUAAGCAACUGGAGAACACCUCAGCCCAAGAGGAAUCGGUGAUCACGGGGAGCGUUCAUCUAGUAGACAGAGAUCCUGAGGAAAACAGUACUUCUGCAUAAAUAUUGAAUGUUUUUUGUUGUUUUGUUACAUUUGCUGUGUUUGCAAGACGUACUGAUAUUUUACCGCUCUCUUUGUUUUGUGAAUAAGGAAGCUGAAGAAUAGUCUUUUGUUGUGUAAAUAUAUUUCUCCACAGUUCCGUGGCAUAUUCUCUGUUGCACAAGUGUGACUCAGUUCUUCCAUCACCAUUGUGUUUUCAGAGUGAAUUCUUGUAAAGACUGACAAAGAUACAUAAAAGCGUAUUAGAUGUUUUGUGUCCUACAGUACUUUCUAUUCUGUGAUUCUGGAUUUCUAAGUAAUAAAAUUGUAAAACUAACUGGUCCAACAAAACUGGGAAGGAAUCUGACAUAGACCUGGAUAUGCGUUCAAAGUGAACCAUGAAUCGUUCAUCAUUUUGGUGUAAUUGGGGGACAGUGUGAUAAAUCUUGAGAAGGCAACAGAAAGUCAGAAAAAUCCAUUGCUAGCUAUUAUUAAAACCUGUUUUAAAUGAACUCCUUGUAUACUUUUAUAAAAUGCUUAGCAGCUUAACAUAAUUUCUCAAAAAAAGAAUUCCGUGCUUGUGACACUGAACACCUACUUCAGUUUCGAAUGCUAUUGUGGAUUGCUUGAGGUCAGCAGCGUAGUAGCAGUCCAGGAUUGUGACUUCACACCAUAGAAUUUGAUUUUCCACGCAUUUCCUGAGGUGCAAGCAGUUAAAUGUAACUCCGCACACACAGGCACACAUAUAUGUACUUUAAAUAAAAAUGGGUGCUAGGAAUGUACGCUUUCAUUUGGUAUUCACCCCUUUCUUUCUGGCAUGCAGUUUAUUGUCAGAGUGGGCUUAGAACUCCUUCAAGUUCAAACUCAAUUAUUUCCCCUUUGUGGUAAAAGUAAAUCUGCAUAUCUUUCUCUCAAAAUGGCAUUUGCUAGCUAGUUUGUGGGUGUUUUCUGCAAGUAGCCGUUUAUUCCCCUUUCAGUGUCUGCUGUCUAAUCAGAGGAGUAUGGCAGGAAUAUCAGCGAGGCUCAGUUGAGAACAAGGCUGCAUUCACAGAGAUUCUUGGUGAUGCUUCUGUAUCAUCUGCCUUCAUUGUACUAUAUUUCAUCAAUGUUAUUCAUAUUUGAUUUUUGUGAUUGCUGGCAGUCUCAAAUUUCAAUGGAAAAGCUAGGAAAGUGGGUUUUUAAAAUAGUCUUUAAAUUAUACUUAAAGAAAUAUUGGUUUAAACUAAACGCUGAUUAAAUUGUGAGAAGUGCUGCUGCACACUGAAUAGUUACACUUAAGGUUAAUGUCUGCCGAUAUGACUGAAUAUUCUGUCAUUUCUAUUCUCUGUAUAGUUAGACCCAGUAGGAGUAUGAGCUAAUAUUGCUGUUCUUUGAGAUGGGAAAAGCUAGUGUCGCAGUCCAACUGAAAAGAAUAAUGAGUCUCCAGCAAGUAGGAGAAGGGCAAAGGUGAAUGAAGAUAGCACCAGAGCCAGACAGGAAUGAGACGAGUUUGUGUGAAGUCUCUUACUGUUAUAUAAUUGCAAUUGAUACUUUUUCUUGCUGUUUUUUUCUUGAUUGAUAGAUAUUAAUUCUACCCCACACCAUGUUCCUAGCCAGAGCACUUCUGUAACUCAAAUGACAGUGUCUUUAUCUGGGGUAUGAACACCCAAAGUACAAUUCAUACUGUUGAUGUUUGUUUUAUUCAGCCACUGAUCUUCUACGACUUUCAAAUUAGGUCUCAGUUAGGCUCUCUCUUAUGACUUAAUCCAUUGCUUGAUGGUGGGUAUUUGUGGGUUUUUUACUUCCUUUGUUUGCAGUCAGUAUGAUAAUAAAUUGUGCAAAGUUGAAGGAACUGUAAAUAGAAAUGCUUCAAGGAAUUACCUGUGUCAUUGUAUUACUGAAUUUGCACACUGAAAGUGUCUAAAAUUAUACAUUCACAAGGGAAACAGGCAUUCAAAUUGUGUGCAGAUAGUUACUCAGAUCCAGAACUGAUGUAAGUCCUGGUACUGCUCAGAAAUGGCAGUGGAGCUGAGCCAUUGUACACCAUGUGAUUUGGCCUCUGAUAUUUUAAAAGUAUAAUUUCUAAUACUUACAUUUCUGGAUUGCUUAUGUAUUUGUUGCUGGCUCUAUAAAUAAUCAGGUAGAACUUGAUUUUUGAAAUAACAGUGGCUUGCUGUGUUCUGUAAAAGUCUGAGAGCAAUAUUAACUGUCCAUAUUUCAGAUAUUUUUGAUCAUGUAACGAAUGAAGUCCUAGAACUUCGUAAGUUCAAUAAUGAAUGCUCACUGUCUGUAAUGACCAAAACAAUUAUAUUUUUGUCUCUCAAGUGCUUGCUUUCUGAUUCUCUUAUUUUCUUUCCCCUGAGAUCAGACCUGCUGUAAAGAAGAAAAAUAAAAGUUACUGUACUAUGGUAUCAAUCUACAGGCCGUGGACGCUUAGUUUCAUUCCAUCAGGGAGUAUUUAAAUGCAGGUAUUCCUGUGUUUUUCUCCUAGUCAAGUGGCUUCGGCUGCAUUUUCCAGAUGUAAGUCAUUAUCUCACAUGGCCUGCCCUGCCUGCCCAGUGGGCUGUACUGACCCCUGACAAACAUGUUCAAUGAGGCAUUUUUUAUGUUCCACAAUUUUCCAUCAAAACUCAUUUUCAAAUGAUGACAAAUUCAUUUUGAUAACUCUUUUUCCUAAUAAAGUACCCUCUACAGGAUUUUUUUUUUCUUAAAGAAAAAAGACUUUUAAAUAUACAGUAAAAUUUGUCUCUGUAGAUUUGGCCAUAAGUUUUAUUGGGAGUUGUAGCCUAAACAUCUUGUGCCCCUGUUUUCCUCUAUAUUUUAAUUCUUUAGCUGGACUAUAUCUUUUCCACUUCAGUGUCACUUCGAUUUCCAGUUGGCAUUACACUGUCUCAUUUAGAGGGAUGACUGUGAGACAUCACUAUAGUCUGGCCAAGGUAUAUAGUACCUAUGUGACAAUCAGAAGCCUGAAUAUACAAGUCCCUGGAGGCACUGUGGAGGCACGUGCAAAUGAAAAAAAUCCAGUUAUGAAAUGAAAGCCUUCCUCAUCUAAGCCUAGAUUAUGUGAUAUUUUUACACAAAUCAUUUCUGAAAAGGAAAAUACAUAGCAUACAAAUUUGCACUCUUGAAAUGAGUGGUGAUGUUGUUGAUACGGGCUCUGCAGUAUAGUUUCUACUUAUCUGGGUUUGGGGUUAUUUUGCCUUUUCAGGGUUUUGUUACCACUUAAGAAAAGCACAGUGUAGUAAAAGGAAUUCAGUUAUUUCUUAAAAAUUUUUGGUUUAUUUUUGCAGUACCGAUAAGAAGAAUUGAAGACAAUGUAAUCUAUCAAUUCUGUAUAGAUUUAUUACAGGAAAAACAGUCCAAACUCUAGCAGAAUGAAAGGAAAAUCCCAACAUGUGUUUUGCACUCUUUACAGCAGAUAUUGAUAAUUCUGGUAUUCUACAGACUGCUGCUGUAUUUUCAUAGCCAGUCCUACUUCAGGUCCUUGUAAAUGGUGAAUGCUGAAGCCGGAGGUUUUGAGUGAUAGUACUUCUCUUUAAUGAAGUGAUGCUAACAAAUUUUAAAGAUGGUGCCAAACUAAUAUGUCCUGCCAAUUUCACUUUUGUCACUUAGUUCUGACAAUAGCAACAAGUUCUUAUGUGAAAUGAUAUGCAUUGUAGCAGGAAGACUGGCAGAGUAAUGUGGACACCCAAGUUGGAACUGAGAGAGUUUAUUAUGUGAGGCAGACGUGGCAUGCAGACAUGGCUGUAUUGUCUAGUUCUCAAACACAUGGCCAGGAUAAAAGUAUCCUCAAGAGCUUGCAAAUGUUAGCUAUUCUUGGCUGAAGAGUAUCAUCAACAGACAAAAGCAAAGCAAGAUGAUCCAGCUACUCAUUUUUUUUUUAGUCAAAUCCAUUUUGGUUGGCUUCCUAAAGAGAAACGCAACAGUCCCCCUCCCCUCCUCUCCUCACCCCCAAACCAAGCAAGCCACUUUCUGUUGUCUUCAUAAGGCAGGUAUUUGGCCCUCAAUGCCCUGAAUAUCUAUGGGAAACAUCCAUAAUUGUGAAGCAGGUGGUUCAUAUAUGCAGCAAAACGUGAUUGCAAAGGAAAACAAUUCACUUGGGAGUUGUAUUGCAGUAAGGCAGUCACAAUUUUUUUAUUUUCUACUAUAUUAGCUGAUCCAUAUAGAUUUGAACUGAAAGAAAAUCACACUGUUAGAAAAUAAGAAAUAAAAACUGAUGUAAUUUAUGUUACCACAUCAAAACUCCAACUACCACUCGCAAACCCACCACUUCAUUCCUGUGUGUGCCAGUCCCAGGCCCCUCUAUGCUCUCGCGGAUCCAGUUAGAGCCUCAUGAUCUGCAGUACUGUUCCAAAACUCUGCCAAUCCUAAUCUCUUGCAGAGAUACCCCAGACUGUCUUCACUUUGCCUCUCGGAAACAAAAGAAUAGAAGCUGUAUCUUUUUCUUGGGCUUAUAUCAUGCUCCUGCUAUUGCCAUUUGAGGACCUUCUGAGUGUCAUCUCAUUAGGAGGGCAAAUUCUGGGCAUCUUGAGCAGCCCUUUGUAAAAUUUCCAUUACUUCGUGUUUUUCAGGAACGAAAGAAAGAAUAGGUUUUGAGUGAAACUAAGUAGGCUGUACGCACUCCCUCUUGCUUUGUUUUCUUGCUGACACAGCAGACCGAAGCAUAUGCUUCUCACCAGCAGGUCAUAGCAACUAAUUUAACGAACCUAUUCUAUCAUGCAGUUCUUUAAUGAACUUUGAAGGUAAUGAAAUUCUAACCAAAGGCUUCUUGAAUUUCCACCCACAUGUUGCCCUAGACAUGCAGUGCAAACAUAUUCAAGUGCUAUUGCAUCCAUCAAAUGCUUUUUUAUAUUAUGACUGACACCCUGAAAGAACUUCAGAAUUAUGGAUUUACAUUCCUUGCAUCCAUUUCAGUAUACUCACCAAAAGUUGUUAAAUUAUGUAUUACCCAGAUUUUAGCAACACAUCUCCUGAAUCCUGAAUUAACAACACAGGAUCUUGUAGAGAAAAAUUUCAAUGCCAUCUGGGAAAGAAGUCUAAAAAAAUGCCAAACAAAAACAUUUGAUCGUGAAGAUCUAUGGAAAUUAUACCUGGGAAGUUGGAUAUAACUAGAGGCAGACAUCGCCUUAUGUCCCAGUAACCACGUUUCAAGAGCAUUGCUGUAGUAACAGAUAUCAAAACAAAAUACAGGAAAGAAUUGAUGUUAUUGUCAUCAUCAUCAUCAAGAUCAAGAUCAACAUCAUCAUUAUUAUUAUUUAAAUGAAAGCAGCAUAUAAUCUACAGUAAAUUUUAGAACAAACAUAAUCUUGGCAUAGCAAUACAUGCAGACUAGUUCUGAAGCUGAAAAAAUAUAAAAGCCAUUAUUUCAAUUUUUACCUCUGUUGUUGCUAUUUUGUUUAGCUAAAAAGAUAUAGUUAUGUUCUUUAUUUCCAGAAUUAUUGUUCUGUGCAUUUAAUCUCAUCAAGCUGCCUGAAGAUGAAUAUUGGCACAAAACAUUGAAAAAUUGUUUCAUAUUUAUAAGUUUAGUCAUGUACAUAUUAAACCAAAAUUGUUGCUUUAAGAAGCUGGUCUUGUAUUCUUUAGCUUAUUCUUCAGUUCAGUUAUUAACUCUAUUCCCACCUUUGGAGAGAUUCUAGAACUGUAUUAUCCACUAGCUAUCACAGUAUAUUGGAAACGUUUCCCCAUGUUUCUAAAUGUGUUAAUAGAUGUCUGGCCUCAAAUGAUUUAAUGCUGAGUGGCUCCAGCUUUUGAUUUACUGAUAGGAAAAAUUGUACUUCAUCAAGGAGAAUGCAGACCUUCUGGCAAGAACAGUGAUGAUGUGAACACGCUGCUUAUUGAUACGUUUAAUGUAAAUUCCAGUCUGCUGGCAAUGUGAUUCGUAUUCCUGAUCCUCUAUUGACCAGACUGAUGCAAUCUCAUGUUCUGAGAUGGUAUGUGUUCAGCUGUAACUAUCUGUUCACAAAAAACUUGGGCAAAACUUCGUGAGACAAAUCCUUAUU